AUGUACAAGAAGGAGGAGAGACAGCCUGGACGCCGCGAGCCAAGCUUCCACGGUCUACACAACUUACACGAGUUUGUCCUUGUGCGCACACUGAACCCACCCGAGCCAUUCGAAGAGAAACAUAAGCGCCGGAAAGUGCUGUGGGAUCUUGGGUCGCAGGCAGUGCGAGAGGCUUUGGAGGACAUCCCGACCGGCAGUCAUGUCAAUGUGUGUGCGAACAGCGGACCGUGCAGCCCGGAAUACGGGAGUUUGCCUCCGUGGGCAACAGUGCCUGGUACUGACGUGGGACUGCUAAUGGUGGCCGAGUUAUGGGACGAGAAGAACACUGGCAUCCACCCCGGUUGGCGGAAGGUUGCACAUCCUAUCAGGACUGAAGAAGGCCAACUUCUGGCUGGCCUGCGCUUGCUCGCUGCGGUGCGAUGA